UCAUACGAUUCACCCCCGCCCUGUGCGCUUCCCCCGGCUAAUCUAUAACUCCAAUUCUAUCGGUGCAUCAAAAAUAUACACAAGAAUAUGGCGACGGCCGCACAAAGAUUUCUCUGCUCCGUGGUGUCGCCGUCGUCGCGUCAGAUUGCGUGAGUUCCGCGUUAUUCGCCCCGAUUUCCAGCCGAAAUACUCACGGCGGCACGCCAGAGGCACCCAGGACCGUGCAAACUACCUGUUCACGGUGAGAUUCCCAUGGAAAUGUCGUGAAAUCUUGGGAAAUGAUCGAUUUUCUGCGCUAGAAAAGUCGGAGGGGAUAAACAGGCGACGAGUGGUUUGUGUUGUGUGUGCCGAAAUAGUCUCGAGGAAAAGUGCAAAGUGUGGAAAGUGCAUGGGCGAGAUGGAUCGCACGGGCUGCCGGGAAAUUGUGUGAGAAUUUCGUUGCGUUUAGAGUCCCCGCGGAGGAAUUGCGAGUACCAAGUCGGUGCGGCGGAUCAAGCGUGAAGUCGCCCAGCGAAGGGCAAUGAACGGCUGCUAGCGGAUUAGAAUAGUUUUGCGGGUAAAAGCGGGCAGCCCUUGAAGUUCUGUUGUUUUGGAGUGAGUGCCUGCAAGUGCUAAGUGAGCUGCGGCUUGUGGACAACUGGCGGAGGCAACGCAGUCGGGACAGUCUUGCUGGCCAACAGGCGACUGCAAGAACGCGAAGUAAACACAGCAGAACCAGGACAGUGUCGCGAGGACGAACGCCUCCAUGGCAUGUGCGAAAAUAGCCGCGGAGACAAGUCCAUCUCCUACGUAGCUGCGAGCUCUGAAGCCCAAACAAAGUUCACCUGACAAGUGCUCGGUUUCUGCGGAAUAGAAAGUUGAUCGAACGCCGUCUGGCUCCAGAUCCCACACCAACAAACAACGACGCCAGGUCUGAGUGCAGGUGUGCAGUGGAAGCUAACAAACCUGAAGUGCUCCAGCUCAGACUGAAUGGCUGUUCUUGAGAGCGUUAAAUGUCUCCGAACAGAAGCUUAAAGACUUCUUAUCUCACCACUAUUAUCACGGAAGCGAAGACAAUCUGAAAUCCGAUAUUAAUUGUCUGAAAUGAUUCCCCGUAUAUGGAAUUGCAAUCUCAGUCUAGAUGCCAGAUAGAAUCAACUGUUCGGUACUAGGGCUGGAAUCUUGAAUAGUGUUGCUAGUUGAAUCUAGCAUUAAAUAAAAACGGCAGCAGCAACGCAAAACGCCCUCCUGGCAUCUUCUGAUCGUGACACUAGCGCUCACACGUUUUGGUACGCUUUCCAGAAGCGUAACCGGCAGGACGUAGAAAAUUGAAACGUAGAAAUGUCGGACGGAUCAUCGGCUGCUGAUGCAAGCAGUGCACAAGGAGAGUUUCGUGAAUACCACUGGGCCUAUUCAGUUAUGGACUCGUCGCGAGUUUCAACAUGUCUAAUUUCAAUGCUUCUAAUUGUGUACGGUAGUUUUAGGAGCUUAAAUAUGGAACAGGAGGCUCGUGAGCGACAAGAGAGGAAACGAAAGGAUAAUGAGAAUAUGAAAAACUUACUAACGGGAGAGCCAGUAACUGAUCAACAAGGAGGGGCUGGAAAAUUCGCUACACUUGAUACUAUGCACGCAUUGUGUCUGCCUUUGGGAGCGUCGGUGUCAUUAUUGGUUAUGUUUUUCUUUUUCGAUUCAAUGCAACUGCUAUUUGCGGUUUGCACAGCGAUCAUAGCUACAGUCGCUCUAGCUUUCCUCCUACUUCCAAUGUGUCAAUACAUCAUUCGUCCGUGCUCCGAUGGGAAUAGAGUGUCGUUUGGCUUCUGUGGACGUUUCACCGCGGCCGAGCUUUUUAGUUUUUUACUCUCCGUAUCGAUAGUUUGUAUAUGGGUGCUAACAGGACAUUGGUUGCUAAUGGACGCUAUGGGUAUGGGUCUCUGUGUUGCCUUCAUUGCAUUCGUACGCUUGCCAAGCCUGAAAGUUUCUACGCUAUUGUUGACUGGACUCUUGAUAUACGAUGUGUUCUGGGUAUUCUUCUCAUCAUACAUAUUCAGCACAAACGUUAUGGUUAAAGUAGCAACUCGACCCGCAGAAAACCCAGUGGGUAUCGUUGCGCGAAAAUUGAAUUUAGGUGGCAUCGUGAAAGAACCGCCAAAAUUGAACUUGCCUGGAAAAUUAGUAUUUCCAAGUUAUCAUAAUAGUGGGCACUUUUCUAUGCUCGGUUUGGGUGAUAUCGUAAUGCCUGGGUUGUUACUAUGUUUUGUGUUACGUUACGAUGCGUAUAAGAAAUCACAAGGCGUUACAUCGGAUCCUGGUUUGGCGCCACCAAAGGGAAUGGGAUCGAAAUUAACAUAUUUUCAUUGUUCCUUGUUAGGAUAUUUCCUUGGAUUGCUCACCGCAACAGUAAGUUCAGAGAUUUUCAAAGCUGCGCAACCUGCACUAUUGUACCUUGUACCUUUCACGCUCCUGCCGUUAUUGACCAUGGCAUACGUAAAAGGUGAUCUGAGACGUAUGUGGAGUGAACCGUUCAUAACACAGCCAACUUCGAAACAGUUGGAAGUUUGAAGAACCUUAAGUAACCUGUAUGUACAUUUAGUAAUUUUUUAAAUUAUUUUCUAUGAUGAAUGCGGACAACCAUAAAUUAUAUAUCAUUUAGCAUCCUGUUUCACCCCUCCAUAUAUUUUUAUUGAAUGAAAGUAACUGUAUGAUAAUUUAAGGUGAAUUUUUUGAUGAGAAGAACAAACUCUAGCGAAUAAACUGUAAUUAUAAGAAGAUGGAAUAGAGUAAAUCUUAUAAAUAUUAGAGUAAAAGUAUUAAAGUCACAAAACCAGUUGAAAGUAGAUUAAAAUUUAAUAAAAGAAGAUACCAUAACUAUUAAUUCAUCAUUGUAGGCUACACAUUAAAGAAAUGAUUACUUUAGAGAUCAAAUGAUGAAUCGGUUCAUUUUAUUAUGUACGUUUAAGGCAAACAUUAUAGAUUUAUCUAAUUUUGUAGUAUUUUGUAUAAAUUAUUUAUAGGCUUUAUUAUAGUGUAUUAGCGAACCGCACAUGAGAGAUUGAGCGAGAGUUGUUAACGAUGCAAUGGAACAAUCUUGAUUAGCUGCCCAAAAUCAUCUCGAGAGGAAAUGUGCAAACGAUCUGAAACUGGUUAGAUAUAUUUUUUUCCUUUGAAAACUUUCAUAAAGUGCAAAUGACUAAUAUUAAUUAUACUUCAUGCCUUUAAAAGGUUUGACAUUUAUUUGUUAAUUCUGUUUGCUGUAUGUAAUACAUAAAGGAGUUUUUGUACAUGAUC